AUGCCUACGAUGUGGCUUUCAGAUACCCAAAAGAUUGGGGUCGCCUUCUGCUCGGGAGGCGGGCUCUUUCUGAUGGGCGGCGUUAUGAUGUUUUUUGAUCGCGCCAUGCUGGCCAUGGGCAACAUCCUCUUCCUAAUUGGCCUCACCCUCAUCAUCGGUACGCAAAAAACCCUCGCCUUCUUCGCGCGCCGGCAGAAAUGGAAAGGCACGCUCGCCUUCGCGCUCGGCAUAACUCUGAUCCUGAUGCGCUGGGCGUUCUUCGGCUUCCUGAUCGAGCUGUACGGCAUACUAGUGCUGUUUGGGGAUUUCUUUGCGACGAUUGCUGGCUUCGCGGGCGGGAUCCCGAUUGUAGGGCCGUAUAUUGCGAAGGCACUCAACAGCCUGGGUGGAGCGAGUGCUGCUGCGAAUGGCGAGGGGAGUGUCUGA